AUGCAACGCAUUAUAACCCAAUCAAUUCGCUCGUUCCCCUCUCGUCUUGUCGCACAUCCUCAAGGGACCCAAGUGUUUCGACAUUUAUGUCUCCUACCGCGAACUCAGUGCGCCGUUCCUCUCAACCGGCGUGAGUUUGCCCAUUCGCCUGCUCUAUACAAGAAAAAGGACAAGGCCAAGAAAGCUUCUGCUUCUGCUUCUGAGCCAGAGGAAAGCUCUAGUGCUCCUUCUGAAGAUCCCUUCGAUCUUUCCCAAUUACACAAUGGCAUUUCCACAGCUAUUGCUCGGCUAAAAGAUGAUCUGUCCAAGCUUCGUGCAGGGGGGCGGUUCAAUACUGCAGUCUUAGAAAGCUUGAGGGUCCAACUGAGCAAAGACAGCAAAGAUUCGGUUAGGCUGGGAGAUCUGGCGCAGGUUGUGCCCAAGGGAGGACGCAUGGUUACUCUUUUAGCGGCCGAAGAGGAUGUAAGUUCAUCAUGCUUGACCAUUCUGAUUUUUUCCUUCUUCUUCUUCUUCUUCUUCUUCUUCUUCUUUCUUGUUGCGGCAUGGGUCUGCUAUUACUAUCCCGACGAACCAACUCUAAUACAUUUUGAGCAGCAUUUGAAACCUCUUACUUCAGCGAUCGUCUCCUCAAACCUCUCCUUGACCCCUCAGCCCGAUCCUCACAAUGCCCUCCAGCUCAACAUUCCUAUCCCACCGCCUACAAAAGAAUCCCGGGACAAGAACGUCCAAGCUGCCAAGCAAGCAUUCGAAAAGGCUGCCGGUACAGUGCGUGACUCUAGGGGUGCCAUGCAUAAACGUCUUCAGGAUAUGCAGAAGAAGAAACUAGCUCGGCCAGAUGACGUGCGUAAAGCUCACGAUCAGAUGGAGAAGGUUACAGAUCAGGGCCAAAAGGAGGUGAAGGAUGCAUUUGAAGGGGCCAAGAAGACAUUGGAACAGGCCUAA